AUGACCAGCUCGAAACAAACUCCCAUCCUCUACCAAAAGUCCGGCGCCUGCUCCCUUGUCCCUCAUGCCCUGCUCUAUCACUUGCAGGCUCCAUUUCGCGCCGUACCUAUGGCACCAGAUGCCAAUGGCAAAUACGCUGCGGCCGACGGCAGUUUGACGCACGACGAGUAUGUCAAACGCAUCCAUCCUAGCGGCUACGUGCCGGCGCUCGACGUGGGCGACGGGACCAUCAUUACAGAGAUGCCCGCCGUGCUCAACUACAUUGUCAACAUGGCGGCCGGCGUCGAGGGAGGAGUUAACCAGCAGUAUGCGGAUCUAGUGGGCAGGACGGCGCUGGAAAAAGCCCAGGUCUUGAAGUGGUUGGCCUGGCUCUCUGGAACUCUGCACGCCCAAGGCUUCGGGGCCUUGUUCCGCCCUGCCCGGUUCGUGGGCGGACGCGAGGAUAUAUAUCCGACGGUGCAGGACAAGGGACGGGAGAUCAUACGAAUGGCGUUUGAGAGAAUCAAUAAGGCGCUUACUGGGAAUCAACACCUGGUAGGAGAGCACCUGACCGUGGCCGACUUCAAUGUAUAUGUAUUCUAUCGCUGGGGGGUUCAGAUUGGGUUCGAUAUGGCCGAGACGUACCCAGAGUACACCAGGGUAAUGCGGAAAGUUGAGAGUCUAGACGGGUUCAAGAAAGCCAUCGAAGUGGAGGAACUAAAGUUUCUCUUAUAA